AGCCGCUGGGCCGGAGAUAUUCUCCGAAGAGAACUUCUGCCGGCAGCGCCGCCCCAAACGUCACUCGCGCCGCUCCAGCACUCGAAUCCCCAUGGCCGCCGCCGCCUCCUCCUCCUCCAGCCCCUUCCCGUUCCCUCCCCGCCGCCCGCCGGACGACACCCUCUUCUACGCCAUCUACCCGCUGCCCCUCCCCACGGGCCUCCCUCCCCCGGCUCUCCUCGCCUCGUUGCAGUCCCUCCACCUCGCCCUCCUCUCCCACCUAUCCCCCUUCCUCUCCUCCCACCUCUUCCACCGCGACCCCUUCACCCUCUCCCUCCCCGCCGACCCAGCCGCCCCCUGCUCCCUCUGCUCCUCCCCACCAACCCCCCACCUCCACGGCGCGCUCCGCUUCGGCGACUCCCUCCCGGACGAGUGGCUCGCGGUCUCCCUCCUCUUCGCCCUCACCCGCGCCUUCCCCGACACCGUCGCGCGCGCCUGGGACUCGGACGGCGACUUCCUCCUCAUCGAGGCCGCCUUCGCGCUCCCGCGCUGGCUCGACCCGGACACGGCCCCCAACCGCGUCUUCAUCUCCCGCGGCGAGCUCCACAUCCUCCCGCCCUCCCUCUUCCCCCACACGCCCCCCCUCGACGCCGCCCUCCGCGCCGUCCACGACCCCUCCGUCCCCACCCGCGCGUCCGACGCCGUGCAGGCCGCCAUCCAGCGCCGCAUCUCAGUCACGCCCGCGGAGAACCUCCACACGGCGCGCGUCGUCGCGCCCGCGCCCGUGGCCAAGGUGCUCGCGGAGGAGCCCUGCCUGGUCGCGCGCGCGGUCGAGGGGUUCUACGACCGAGACGUCGACACCAUGAAGCACGCCGCCAGGAUGACCAGGUUCCUCAGGGGUCCUGCCGGGGACGGGGUUGAGAUGGUGAGGACGUCCGUGCGGUUGACGCGGGCGAUGUAUGCCCAGCUCAUGCAGCAGAGCUUCCAGGCGCCCAGGGGUUACCCCAUGCCGAGGAGGGAGGAGGGCCCGGACAGGUGGGUGGAGGCGGAGCUGGGGAUGAAGAUCGCGUGUGGGUUCGAGAUGAUGUACCAGGAGAGGCGCCACGAGGUGGAGGAAGGGAAGGGGAGCACGUGGGAGGUUUACCGGAACAGCUUGGAGGCGGCGGGGUGCUUUGAGGGGCUGCUUCCUGGUUCCAAGGAGUAUAAGAGGGUCAUGGAGGAUGCAAUGCAGUAUUACAAGACCUCCAGUUUGUUCUCACGAACAAGGGAGAUACUAAGUGCGCCUGUGCAUCGAAUAGAUGAAAUCCUUGCAAUGCCGUACUCAGCUGAAGAUUUUCAAGGCAUUAACCUUCCUCCGAGUGAUGACGAUUCUUGGCUUUGUAAUGGGGAGGAUGAGUUGAAUGCAGAACUUCAUGAGAGGCAGAAGGAAGUAGAAGAGUAUGAGGCUUUAAAGAAGCGUACGAAGGGUCAGAAACAAAAUGUUUCCAGCAGUUCUAGCUCCCAGCCAAGCGAGUUUAAUCUUGGAGAAAUCACGGAAUCCAUGCAGGACUUUGUUCGAAAAAUGUCAAGCUUCGAGGGAGCUGAAGUUCCGUCAAACAGGGAAGAGAUGGAAUCAGUGGACCUUGAUGUCAAUCAGUUCUUCAAGGCCAUGGAAUCAGUUCUAGGGAAGGCGUCGCAAGAGAAAGCCGGCAAUGAUACUGAAACUGAUAGAAAGUCCUCCUCGUCAGACAUGGACUUCGAUGAUUCUGAUUACGAGAAUGAUUCUGCUGAAGAAGCUGGUGACAAGGAUAUGGAUGAUUCUUUCAUGGAGACAUAUUCAGAUGCUUUGAAUCAAGAGCUAAGUAACACAAGUAUCAAAGAAACCUUCUCUCGAGCACCACAUCACACCAACGAUGAGGGUCCCUCAAAUGUUGCUGAUAGUGAUGGGGAGAUGGCUCCAGUUGAUGUGGACUUAAACCUUGUCGAGAGCUUUCUUAACUCGUACUCGUCUCAGCAAGGCCUUCCUGGCCCAGCUUCCAAUCUGCUUGGACUUAUGGGUGUAAAGGUACCUCCUCCGGAUGGUAAAAAAUUGUGAUUUUGUGUUUUUCAGUGUACACGUGAAACUUCACUGAACAUAGGCUGCUUAAUUUGUUGUGAUGUUGUAUCUUUUUAUCUUCACUUCACAAAACAUUGCUGUACGAUGCAAACUGCAAGUAGAGAUCACCAAAAGGAACGUUUACUAUGACUAACCGACCAACCUAUUAUGGUGUGUGAACUUUGUA